GUUCACAUUACCAUUGCUGGUGAUGACCCUGUUUCUGCAGGUCAAAUUCCCCGUGAUCCCCGGUUUAAAGCCCGCACUCUACGGGGCUCUGGUUCUGAGUGCGCUGCAUGCCAUCUUUGUCCCCCUCAAGAGCCACGGAGACUUUGUGACAUACACCAAUGCCUUCAUGAGCGUGUCGUUCAUCAUCCGCGCCGUAGAGCUGCUGAUCCUGCAGGACCUCGAUGAACUGGAACAUCUGGAAAAGGUCUCGCAUGUGUCCUCGUCCAUCCUGUACUCCUGGGAGCCCCUGCCGCGAGCCCUAGGCUUCCGCCGGUUCCUGCGCGUCUGCGAUCUGAUCGCCAACCCGCGCGCCAUCGGCUGGAAUCACGGCUCCACCAAGUAUCUCCCGCCGCUGCGGCCCGUGGAAGGCGAGGCGGGCGGCCAUCACUGUGUGCCGGAGCAUAGGAACAUGGUCGUUGUGGCGGUGGGAGACCGCAGCAGUUUUCUCCGCGCCCAUCUCUGGACCGUCCUCCUCGCGUACCUGGCCAUGGACACCUACCAGGCCGCGUUCGCGCGCAAUUACCCGCGGCUUUGCGACGGCGUCGACGGCUUUCUGAACGGGGUGCUGGGCUGGCAUGUCUCCCCCGCGACCAGCGAGAUGGUCGUGCGGAGGUAUCUGCUGUCCCCCGGCUGUUGGAUCGCCGCUUAUGCCUUCGUCGAUGGGAUUCAUUCCGCCGUCGGGGUCUUUUCCGUGGGCUUGGUCAGGGUCUUCACCUCCAAGCAUGCGGGAGAGCCUUGGAUGUAUCCACCGGUCUUUGGAUCCGUCCGGCAUUUGCUCGCGUUCAAUUUGCGUGAUAUCUGGGGCAAAAUGUGGCAUGACCUCUGUCGCAAUCCCUUCUUGGCGCUUUCCCGCGCGGCCAUCAUGCCUGUGAAACCGAUCCCAAUGGGCCUGCAGCGCUUCGCAGUAUCUCAGGACGUCUUCGCAGUCAGUAUGAUGAUGACCUUCUUUUGCAUCUUGCCGCUCUGCAUCGCCGCGCAACAUCUCCUCUCCGAUCGCUUUCUUCCGCUGUUUCUCCCUCAAAAUGUGUUCUCCCGGUUGGCGAUCUGGCUGGUCAAUAUGGCCUUUGUCAUGGGAUGGGCCCACAUCACCAGCCCGUGGUUUCUCGAUCAUAGCAAGCUGCCCGAGGCUAUCGGAUCGGUGCCGCUUCCGGUCAGUGUGUGGAAGCUGGCAGCUGAUGUUUAGGAUCCUACUAUGUCAUCAAGUCACACAGG